AUGCCUGGCUCUGGAAGUUGUGCCUGCGGAAAUGUUUCCUUCCAAUACACUGAAGAACCAGCACUGACAGCACUAUGCCACUGCAAAGCCUGCCAAAACUGGGGCGGCAGCGCGUUCUCCUCGAACGUUGGCGUUCCAACCCCCAACUUCUCAAUCACCAAGGGCGAGCCCAAGAACUGGGUCCGAACUGGAGAUGUUUCUGGCAAGGAAAAUAGACAUUUUUUCUGUGGGGACUGCGGGUCCAGCCUCUUUUCACAGCCGCAGGCCCUGGGAGAGAUCACGUUGAUUAAGAGCGGUUGUCUCGAGGAGAAUAAUAUCCCGAUUGGGCUGGAGUUGUUUGUGACGAGACGCCGGGACUAUGUUGUACCUAUUGUGGAUGCUAAGCAGGCACCUGAGAUGCCUUGA